CUGAAAUGUGCUAUAGAGGAGAAGCUGAUCUACACAAACAUGUUACUGGCUGUAAGAAGAAUGCAGGUCACAAAGGUUUUAUACCACUUAAAGAUUUCAACGCAAGUUAUCUCCCCUCACGUUACCAUGACGACGAGCUCAUGUCUGAGACAAUCAAAACAUUGGCAGCCCUAACUGUCCAGGUGCAGAGUAAAUUCACCAGUCUAGAGAGACCAGAGUUUUACCCAGGCACUCAAGUUCAACAUCCAAAUUAUAUUCGCAGAGGCAGUCAUGGGAUUAGGUUAGGGACAGGGAGGGUGUGGGGUGUGACCAAGUACACAGAGAGUGACAGAACUUGUCAUUGUGCCAAGUGUCAAGUCUCUGCCUCACCCAGAAUAGUGUGGGGGCAGGUUCAUGUGGUGACAGCCACACAUGUGGUGUUUGAUGACAGUGAGGCGAGACAGACCAGUUGUGUUUUAGGUUUUGAUGACAAUAAAAGUCCAGGGGUCAGUCUUGAUGGCUGGGAGGUGAAGAGGGCACACAUUGAGGGGGACUUGGGUCAGUUGAGUUAUUUGACACGUGACUUAGAGUUGGUUGAUGAACUGGACAAGUUGUGUCGGGACUUUGAUGAUCUAUGUAGGGAAGGAUGGGACAAAUACAGAAGAUUUGUUGAUGUGGACAAGUUGACCGUUAUAGUGUCACAUCCUCACGGCUGUUCUAAACAGGUCUCUGUAGGACAAUGGACACACAAAUGUGAGAGGGAUGACUUGUACACCACGUACACCAGGUACUGGUACACAACAUGUACAUGUCCUGGAAGUGCUGGGGCUUAUGUGUACAGAGUAGGCUGUAACCCACGGUGUUGUCAUCAUGUACACAGUGGAUCAAACUCUGAAGGAAAUUAUAGUGGGGUGAACUUUCAUUUACCUUUGUAUCGUCCUGUGGUGUGUGAUGUCAGCAAGAUGAGACAUGCUUGGUGUAGGCCAACUUUAGGUUUUGAUGACAGUCAAGUGGUUACUUCUGUUAGCUGUAUGGUAGAGUUAUUAGAGCUACUAGAGAAGAUGUAUUGGGCAGAAGAAAACAAAUGCUGGAGACAUUCUCUCACAGAUACAUUGAUUGUUGUAGUGUUACAUCCUCAUGGGUGUGUUGAACAUGUCUCCUUAGGCCAAUGGCCACACAAACAUGAGAAGGAGGGUUGGUACACCAGGAAUGUCUACACAAGUAAAUAUCCAGGAUCUAGUACAGCUUGUGUGUACAUACUGGGAAGUGACAAGUUAAUUUGCUUGUUACAAUCCGAAAAGCCUUUGACUUCUUGUCAUCUUUUGCUAUCUCAAAGAAUACUUUCUACCUUUCUUUCUCGAAAAUGUUUACUGCCACUUUUUACUUCUUCUUCAAUUACAACUCCCAGCGAUGAGAAAUUUUUUCAUACUUUUGAUUUGAAGCAUAAAUCACUUAAAUGUGAAAAUGAAAGUUUUCAAGAUUUUUGCAAUGAAACCUGUGGCUCUCAAGGAUCAGAAAAAAGUUUUGGUGCUUUAACCAGGCAUCUGAAUAGCAACAAGAGUAAACACCAAGAUGAUUAUAAGGCUGAAUCUGUUACUCUAUCUAUAAAAGCUUCUUCCCAUGAUCUAAAUGUAGAUCAGGUAAAUGGGAAUGAAAAUUUGGAAAUAGUUGGAAAACUCAUCUCAACUAUUGGAAUAAAGCAAGUUCUUGGCUUACAUUUAAGAGAGACAAGUGUUUACAUGCUUCGGUCUCCCUCUGGGAGGGCAGACCACCCUAAAGAGGUGAGGGGAAUACCUUGGAAAGAGUUUGAAAGGGAGACCAUGAGAGUGGCAUCAUUUGCUGACUACCCUGUGGACAGUCCCAUCUCCGCGUCCAUCCUAGCUAGCCUGGGGUUUGUGUACAUCGGGGAGGGGAAGAGUCAGAAGGUCAUCUGCUUCUUCUGUUCCCUGGUGAAGGAGAAAUGGGAACCUGUGGAAAAUGUGGAGGAAGUCCACAAGCUCAACAGCCCCAACUGCCCUAUUGUGGUUGUCAUGGAAACCAACAACACAGCCUCGUCUUCUUUAAGUAGAGAAAUAUCAGAUACAGCAGCGAUGUUCAAUAACUUGGGACAAAAUGGAAAUCAACCCAGCUACGGCGCCGCGCCUGCAUCUUCAAUAGGGGCUAGCGCUGCCGACAUGGACGUUGUGGACAUGAUCACUGAAAAUAACAGCAGGGCCGACAGUCUGGGUCAAGGUGCAACUGGGCCAGCUGAUGCUGCGCAGCCGCUUCAUCCGAACAUAAACUCUUCAAUCUACUCCAUCCCGCGCGUCCCAUUAUCCGUCCCUCCCCAACCCUCCGCUGGUAACCAAAACAGGGCAGCAGCCAGCGGUAACGCAGCCGCAGGUCGUGACCUUAACCUACAGGAUCUCGGCAUCUUCCACGAGAAACCAAAAAAUCCGGAGUAUGCUAUCCUGAGCAAGCGGAUUGAGUCUUUUGAUGGAUGGCCAGCUGACUGUCCUGUAUCCAGUUUGGAUGUGGCCAGAUCUGGACUCCACUUUUUGGGCUACAGUGAUUGUGGGAAAUGUUUUUUCUGUGGGGGUGCCCUCAGGAACUGGACCCUAGGGGAUGAUCCCUUUGUUGAACAUGCCAGGUGGUACCCAAAGUGUAGCUACAUCAGGCAGUACAAGGGGCAGGCUUUUGUUGACGCAGUACAGGAGAUCAAGACCGCUGACAAGAACAAGAAGAUAAUCACCUUUGAAGAAGUCAGACAGUACAUGGAGCGUAGUGGAGCCGUCAUUCUGAACCAGUUUGAUGACACCCCAGUGGAAUAUGAUGCCGCUGUCAUGUCUCUUAUAGAAGAAGGAUACGGGGCAGAGGAUGUCUACAGUGCUGCUAGAAGCAUUAGAGAAUCAGGUGGAACCUUAAGGUCUGAUGUUAUUCUAGAGAAACUGUUGGAGGGCAGCAGAGCUGAAGGUGCCACAGCAGCCAUGCCAGUAUUGGUUGACAGCAAGGAAGAUUUGAAGAUAAUCCAGGACCUGAAGGAACAGAACAGCACACUACGCAACAAUCUGAUCUGCAAGAUAUGCAUGGACAAGGAAGUGAAAAUUGUGUUUCUGCCAUGUGGCCAUCUGGUGUCAUGUCAGGAGUGUGCUGUGGCCUUCCACGACUGUCCAGUCUGCAGGAGCCACAUCAGGGCUUACGUCAGGGCUUCAAUACACAACCGUUAGAGUGUUUGUCCAUUUUUAUGGAGCACUUUUCACAAUUUAGAAGCGUAAGUUAUGUAAAAGUAGUAGCCUACUUUCGUAAAUCUAUUUGGCGUUACUUUAAAUAUCCACUGCUAUUAGGGUGUUGUUUGCUCUACAUUUUAAAACCGUCUCUUGGUCCGCCAAAAAGACCAAGCUUUAUUUUUUUUUCUAUUUGUAAAAUUUCAAUGUCAUUUUAACAAAAUGUUUUGUAUUGUUUUAUUUUACAAAUUGUACCUUACUGAUCAUGUUAUAGCUUAUAAAGAUGAUUGCUUAGUGUUUGUCAUACAUUUUCAAACUACAAUAUUUUUGUUUCAUUAUGUUGGGUAAUGCCUAUUUUGUCCACCUUUUUGAUGGGAUGAACUGUGGUAGAUUAUUUUACACAGUUAAUUAGCUCACUGAUUAUAAGUAGUCACAGCAUUACAAAUGAAUGGUUUCAGCAUCAUAGCCAGUUAAAUAAUAAAUAAUAGCAAACCAUUUUUUAACAACCAAUUUCUAGGCGUCAGAUUUAUUUUGAUAAAAUCAAUUGAUAUUUUAUGGUAAACAAAUGUAGUUUUUAUAUUGUUUAAGUCUUCUCGAACAAUAAUAAAGUUUAAAAUUGCAGUUCAUCUCUACUUAUUCCCCAUUGUUUGAUGUUAAAUGUCUUUUAAUUUCUUUUUCUAGAUUUUCCCCAAAUAAAUUGUACAAUGAUAUUAUAUAUGAAUGUCUUAUGGCAUGUAGAAGACAGAGGAGUUGAUGAAUUUGAUGUUGAUAUAAAACUAGACCCACAUAUUCAGGAAGUAAAGGCAGCGCUGUUAUGAAUAAA